AUGCGGGAUACGAAGGAUAGCAAUCCUACCCAGGAUAAUACGGAUGACACACCGCGCAUGUGGGCCGGACGAUGCGGCAGGCUAGAGGCAGCAAGAUUGUUGAUAGAUCGUGGUGCUGAUCCUAUUAUGCGAAAUGGAUGGGGGCAGGCCCCAUUGUCCUGGGCCGCAGAGAACGGCCACCAAGACGUCGCCAAACCUCUCCUUGAUCGAGGUGCGAAGCAUGAUUCUCAGGAUGCCCGUUACCACAGGACUGCAUUGCAUUGGGCAUCACUAAAUGGCCAUGCUCAUUUUGUUGAAUUACUUCUAAAGCAUGGAGCAAAUCCACAUCUGUCGGACUAUAAUGGACAAAGUCCAUUGGACUACGCACGGGACAGACAGCACGAGCACGUUGUCGAUGCACUUCUUGCCCAUAUUACAAGGUAG